UGACACAGAUGUGGGCGUGGCCUGGUGUGACAGGAAGAAGAAGCUAGGCGGAGCACGUGGACACUUGGAAGCAAACAUCUUGAAGUAGUUACCAUUGAAGUCAUUGUGUUACGACCUGGCUGUGAAAUGACUGAGCCACUUAACACGCUGUGUCCUGUCACAGAAGACAGUGAAAAGUCAACAUGCCGGCCGAGGGCUUCACCAUUAAAAAUCGCCUCAGGAAUUUGCUGCGUUCUCCUUCAGCCAAGCAGAAGAAGAGCGGGAGAGGAAACCUCACCAGCAAGGUGACGCUGGAGAAAGUUCUGGGCAUCACCACGUCAGGAAACAGCGGUUUAACGUGUCACCCCCGAUCUGGACUGGUGGCCUACCCCGCCGGGUGUGUGGUUGUCUUACUGAAUCCCAGAAAGAACAGACAGCACCACAUUAUCAACACCUCCAGGAAAGCCGUCACCGCUCUGUCCUUCUCCCCUGAAGGAAAGUACUUGGUCACAGGAGAGAGUGGUCACCUCCCAGCCGUGAGGCUGUGGGACGUGGCAGAGCGCAGAGAAGUGGCGGCGCUGCAGGGGCACAAAUAUGGCGUCUCGUGCGUGGCCUUCUCCCCGAACGGCAAAUACGUCGUCAGUGUGGGAAACCAGUACGACAAGAUGGUCAACGUCUGGGCAUGGAAGAAAGAUUUCGUCGUUGCCGUCAACAAGGUGUCCAGCAAAGUGACGGGUGUGUCCUUCUCUGAGGACAGCUCCUACUUUGUGACUGUGGGGAUCAGACAUGUCAAGUUCUGGUAUCUGGAUCACUGCAAGGCCAGCAAGGCCAGCGCUCCUGUUCCUCUCCUGGGUCGCUCGGGGCUGCUCGGUGAGCUGAGGAACAACUUUUUCUGCGAUGUUGCCUGUGGGCGGGGCUCUAAAUAUGACUCCACCUUCUGCAUUACCUCCUCUGGCCUGCUGUGUGAGUUCAACAGCAAGAGGAUGCUGGACAAGUGGGUGGACCUGCGGACAAGCCUGGCCCAGUCUCUGUCUCUGUCGGAGGACAUGAUCUUCUGUGGCUGCGCUGAUGGAACAGUGCGCGCCUUCAGACUCGCUGACCUGCAAUUUGUCUGCACGCUGCCUCGGCCACACCCCCUCGGCACUGACGUCGCGGCUGUUACUGAGGCCAGCCACCUGUGCUCCACCAGGACAGACGCCCGUUAUCCAGCAGCCAUCGCACUUACCUAUGACCCCAUCAGCCACUGGCUCAGCUGUGUGUAUAAUGACCACAGCUUGUAUGUGUGGGAUGUGAAGGACGUCAGCAGAGUGGGGAAGUUGCACUCUGCCCUGUUCCACGCUGCUUGUGUCUGGGACCUGGAGGUUUUCCCAGAUGUUCCUGCAGAAAUGGCGGCUGGUUUGUCAUCAGGUGCGUUCCUCACUUGCUCAGCUGAUAACACCAUCAGACUGUGGCGCAUGGAGGACCGGCCUGAGACGCCGAACGUCCUCAGCAGCGAGCUCCUGAAUGUAAUCUACAUAGAUGGAAGCACGGCUGCAUUACUGGAUCCUGAGUCAUCUGUGACAAACGUUAGUGCAGAUAAAUCAGGAGAUGGACAGACGUCAGAAAGCGGGACAGGCAUCAGGACCAUCUGUGUCAGCCCAGACGGUAAACACCUCGCGUCAGGAGACCGCAGUGGGAUGCUGAGAGUUCACGACCUCAGCCGCAUGGAGGAGAUUCUGAAAGUGGAGGCCCACGAUGGUGAGAUCCUCUGUCUGGACUACAGUAACCCAGAAACAGGUCUGAAUCUGCUGGCCACAGCGAGCAGGGACCGUCUGAUCCAUGUGUUGGAUGCUAAAGACGACUACAGUCUGGUGCAGACACUCGACGAGCACUCCUCGUCCAUAACAGCCGCGCGCUUUGCUGCCAAUGAGAACAAGGUGAGGAUGAUCAGCUGUGGGGCAGACAAAAGCAUCCAUUUCCACACUGCACACAAGACUGACAGAGGAACAGAGUUCAGGCGCUCUCAUCACACGGUGAGGAAGACCGCGCUGUACGACAUGAGCGUCGACCCCACUUGCAACUACGCUGCUGUCGGCUGCCAAGACCGCUGCAUCAGGAUUUUCAACAUCGGCAGCGGCAAACAGAAGAAGCUCUUCAAAGGCUCGCUGAGCGAAGACGGCAGUUUGCUCAGGGUGCAGAUCGAUCCCUCGGGUCAAUAUGUUGCCACGAGCUGCUCCGAUAAAAGCAUCAGUGUCUUUGACUUCUACACUGGAGAGUGUGUGGCCACAAUGUUUGGACACUCUGACAUUGUCACUGCGAUGAAGUUCACAAACGACUGCAGGCAUUUGAUUUCGGUGUCAGGUGACAGCUGUAUCUUUGUGUGGCGGCUGGCUCCAGAACUGACAAUGAGCAUGAGACAGAGGCUCUGUCAACUCAGACAAAACCCAAACACUCGGGCCACAAAGACCUCUGGUCUCAGGCGGGAGGUGUACAGCGCGCCCACUCUGAGUGGUUUGUCCUCGGACAGUGACCGCGAGCACGAGGGGGAGGAUGGAGCGGAGAGCACCGACCCCGACGACAACGCGAGCACUGCUUCCUCUGACGGCAGCCAUGGAGAGGAAGACUCAGGAGACUCAGAUGAAGCACAGGACUGGGGUCUGAACAAGCACGGAGUCGUCGACCAGGUCAUCCCCGACACGGCGAGGCGUCCUCGGAGGCGCUGGUCUCAUCGUAUGGGCUCCCUGAAGAUUAAAUCCAUGCUGGACCUGAGGCAACUGGAGACCUUUGCUCACAAGAAUAAUCCUCCUCAUGACAGACAGACACAGAGACCGAGCUCGUCCAGUCUGCAGGAACUGCUGCAGCAGUUGGACGAAAGCUCCCAGAGACAUCAGCCCCGGUCACAGGCAGACAUGCUGUCCUCGCAUCCAUCCAAGGGCAUCAUGGGACAUGACGGAGCUGCGACGUUCCCCGAGGACAACGAGGACAAUACAAGUCUGCGGGGCAGCGACUCCACGGUGAAGGAGCAUUACUGCAGGAUGCAAAGACGAGGCCCGUGCAGCGAGAGCCAGGACAGCAACAGCCCGGACAGUGGCUGCGUCCUGGAAUAUGAGGGCACGGAGUCCAGUCUGGACCAGGUGUUUGAGGAUUCUGCUGACGUGGAUUUCCUGAGCCAGGACAGUUCCGAUGAAGACGGGGGGGAGGAGGAGGAGGAGGAGGAGGAGGAAGUGAGAAAAAAGGCAGAAGUGACGAGCAUCGACGAGGCGCUGAGGACUGUGGCGUUUACCGCCGAUCACAGAAAGGAAGACUUCCUCAAGCAGAACUUUGAGAUGCUGGCAGAGAGCGGCAGCACAGCUGAGCAGAGCCGAAUCCCGAGGCUCAGUAUGUCUUCACGCUUCCGAGCCAGAGGAUGCAAUAACAGCGCCUCCAUUAAACAGUGUCCAGUGUCAAAGGUGCAGCCCAUGAUGGACGAUAACCACAGCGGAAACGGAGAGGACAAGUCCUCGGACAGGAUCGAAGGACCAGAGGUUGAGAAGGACGGUUCUCCUGUCCUUAGAGCCAAGAGGACGUCAAGGUCCCACCUAUGGAGACUGUCCAGCCCUCCAUUCACAGUUCAUUUGGACAGAACCACAUGCUUGAUGAAAUCCAAGUCUGUGCAGGACCUGUCCUCAGACCCUCUUUGUUCACCUGUGCCCUCUAGUGACCGGAAAGAGUUCCACAAGAGACCUCAGCAUCUUUUCCUGGCUCAUGACUCUUCCGUGCCGUCCUUCCACUUUUCCUCACCCUCCUCUGGCUCACCACAGUCUCCCCCCUCCCCGUUGCCUUGGGAGUGCCCCAAACUCAAGCUGCAUCACUCCUACAUGAACCCCACGGCCAGCUCCAUGGCCAAAAGCAGCCGCUCCUCCGUGGGAGAAGGUGUUCAGACUCCACCUUCUUCUCCCCUCUUCUCUAAGAGGAGAAGGUCAUCCGGGGAGCUGGAGAUGGAGACCCCACUGUUGGCUUCUUCUCCAGUCACUGCUUUCCCCCCUCCUGUCUCUGCUUCAUCAUCAUCAUCAUCAUCUGUCUUGCUGUCUCCAUCAAAAAGCCCCUCUCCUUCCUCUCCUUCCUCUCCUUCCUCUCCCCAUCGUACAGCUACAGCUUCACCCACUCCUUUUACCCAGAACAUUCCACCCUCUCGCAUCCCGCUUCCCAGGCAUCCUCUCAGCCCGCGACGCAGCCUCUGCCUGGAGGUGAAACCAAACUGUGGGUCUCGGGGCCUGACGAGAUCUUCUACACCUACACCAGAGCCUCAGUGUGACAUCCCAUCACACAAACAAGUCACGGGUAGACAUCUGUCUUUAUGUUUGGAUUCAUCUUUUCAAAGUUCACUGCCAGUGAUGCAGAGGAGAGACAGAGGCUCCGUCUCUAAGAGGUACAUCACUUGCUCUUCACGUCCCAGCAAACCAGUACAGCAUGAUGGAGCUGAAGAGCGCCCUCUGGUGUCUGAAAGGGUCCACAUGGCGAGCACUGAGCCCGAACCAGAAUACGGCAUCACCUUGGAAACUUGCAGGCAGACAGUUACUGAGCUUCACCACCGUCUGAGGAAAACCAUCAUGCUCUACACUACGGUCCUACAGUGUGACCAGCAGCUCAGCGAGGAUCAGCCACUGAUGAGGUCACUUCUCUCCGAUGCCCUGCUCACGGUCAAGACUGAGCUCGACUCUCUGCUGCCCCCUACCUCACAGUGUGAGACAUCACCGGUGGAGCAGGCGGCGAAAGGCGAGGGAGACAAGGCCCUGGCUCUGCUGGAGCAGUACGCCGAGCUGCUGCUGAAGUCUGUGGAGAAGAGGCUCGAGAACAAGACCUGACUUUUCCUCUGCACGCGCGACACAGGCAGGACUCAGACACAUGAACAGCAGCACUGUCGUUUGUACAGAGAUGUUUAGAAACUGUAAAGAAACAGAUGAGAUUUUAUUAUAAAGAUGUAUAACUGGAAUAAUACUGAGUAAAAAUGUUGCCUUACCUUUCAA